AUGACCGUGGACAUCGAGAGUAGUAAGGCCGAAGGUGCGCCAUAUGUACUGAAGAUUUUUCAGGCAACGCUAAACAUUCUAGCCCACCUUUUGAUUGGUUUAGUUGUGGGAAUUUGCCUUAUUUUCUCCUUUAGCAAUGGAUUGCCGUUGGGAAGUACUGCGCAACACAUAGUGUUAUGUGUAAUUGGGUACCAACUCCUCAUGGCGGAAGCUAUACUUAGUUUAUCCGCUGACAAUGGCUGGUCCGGGGUUUUAAGAUUCAGAGACAAGAGACGAGCGCAUACCAUUCUUCAAGUUAUCGGCUCUGCUUUGGCACUCGCUGGUAGUUUCAUCAAGAUGUUGGACAAGACUCAGAAUUUCAACACUUUACAUGGACAAUUUGGUCUCAUAGCCGUUGUGUUCACCAGUGUGAGUCUCGUCAAUGGGCUUACUUCCCUUUACGCGUUCGAAUGGCGACGUUUCUGUCCCGGAAACAUUUCUAAAAUCACCCACAUCUGUUUCGGAAUAGUCGCAUUUGCUGCUGCCUCCAUCAGCCUUUGCUACGGUUUCGACAAAGGCUUUUUCCGGACCUGGGCUACUGAGAACUUCACUAACGCACUCAUAGGAUGUACAGCUGCAUUCACUGUUAUCAUUAUUAUUAACCCAACCAUCAACUUCUUUAAGAAAACCUACAACUUGGUUUCCAACUAA